GAAAGCUCAGCACUUGCAUGCUGGUGUCGUUUCAGCUUAAAACAAAAAUGGAGAGAAAACACAUGUCUGCUUUUGAGCUUUAUCAGAGUUUCCAGCCUGCCCUGCCUCCUCCCGUUAAGAAGCCCCCUCCACAGGUUGCAGUGAAGCAGAAAAGGGAGAAAGAAGUUACAGCUGUUAACGCCAAUGUAUCCAAAGCCAAAAAUAAAGCCCAGAAAAAGAAGACGCGAAAGAAGCUUCUCAAGGCUGCACAAAGAGCUGAUACUGUGAAAGAGGAGACGAUGAACGCAGAGACGAAUGGAAACCAGGAGGUGGAAGAUUGUGAAGAGGGAGAGUCUUUGCAUGCUGCACUGGCUGAGCUGGCAACAGUCAACAACAGCAGGGACAGAGCCAGCAAGCUGUUUCAGUGGCUCAUCAGUCCCAUUCCUGCCAAGCCCUUUUUCAGGGAUACAUGGGAAAAGAAGCCCAUCUUUGUUCAACGCAAUGAUCCAAAUUACUACAAAGGACUGUUCUCCACGGAAGAGUUUGAUCGCAUAUUGAGAGAGGAGGAUGUUCAGUUUGGGGUAAACCUGGAUGUCACAAGCUACACUAAUGGCAAGAGGGAAACGCAAAAUCCUCCUGGCAGAGCGCUGCCGUUUACUGUGUGGGACUUCUAUGAGAGUGGCUGCUCCCUCCGCAUGCUGAAUCCUCAGGCCUUCUCCUCCACCGUGUGGAACGUGCUGUCCAUCCUCCAGGAGCAGUUUGGCAGUAUGGCAGGAGCCAACGUAUACCUGACGCCACCUGGAACACAAGGCUUUGCUCCGCAUUACGACGACAUCGAGGCCUUUGUGGUCCAGCUGGAGGGAAAGAAACACUGGCGAGUGUACAACCCAAGGUCAGACGAGGAGGUCUUGCCUGUGUUUUCAAGCCCAAACUUCAAGCAGUCGGACAUCGGGAAGCCAGUCCUGGAUGUGGUGGUGGAAGCUGGGGAUCUCCUCUACUUUCCUCGCGGAUUCAUCCAUCAGGGCAACUGCUUACCAGACGCACACUCUCUGCACGUCACCAUCUCCUCGUACCAGAAGAACAGCUGGGGAGAUCUGCUCCAUAAGGUUGUGUCUGCAGCUUUAGAAAUCGCGAUGGAGGAGGACGUGGAGUACAGGCAGGGUUUACCUCUGGACUACUUGACAUACAUGGGAGUGCAGCAUUCUGACAGCGAGGACUCGCGUAGGGUCAAAUUCUUUUCCCGCAUCGAGAAGCUGAUGAAAAAACUACCAAAUUACGCCCCAGUGGAUGCUGCUGUGGAUCAGAAAGCCAAAGAUUUCCUCCACGACUGCCUGCCUCCCAUGCUCACCCCAGAUGAGCAGGCCAGCAGUGUUCUAGGAGCACCAGUGAGGUGGAAAGGUGGAAAAAUGAAGGAUGUGGGUAUUCACAUUACCACUCAGACUCGAAUCAGAAUUAUUCGAGCAGGUUGUGCCAGGUUAUGCAGUAGUGGAGAUGCCGUUCAUCUGUAUUACACAACAGGCAACUCCAGAGUGUACCACAAAGAGGAGCCCAAGAGCGUGGAAAUGCAAACAGAGCACACAGACGCCAUCGAGUUUCUGAUUCACUCGUAUCCCAACUUUGUGACGGUAGGAAGUUUGCCGUGCGACUCUUCCCAGGACAGGAUCGCUUUGGCUGAACUACUUUUUGAGAAGGGGAUUAUCCACACUGAAGACACUUUGUAAUCAUUCAAUUCUUCUGUGACACAAACUGAACUUUCGUAUAAAACAAGAUCUUUAAUGCAAAAAUU